AUGCUGAGACAUAUCCUUAGUCUUGCAUGUAGCGUCAAAAAAGAAAAACGGAAACUAGCAAUCGAAGCCGGACCAUCAGAACAGACGCAGAUCAAUGAGAAGACUGAAAACGGAGAACUGAAGUCUUCGUCACUCGAUGGCACACUAAACACAAGUGUUGCGAUACAACUUGAAGUUUGUUUGUUACUAUAUUGUUUCGUGAAAAUUAAAUUAUGCAGGACAAUGUCAUAAACACAUCCGAUCUUGAGGCGAAAGUCCUCUCUGAUGCGUCCCUCGAAUCAGCGAAUCUUCAGAAUCGUGCCACACCCAUAGAUUUCAACACAGAAGAAGUCAAAGCAGAUGAAGAUAUUGUGCACAAAAACGUGUCACUUCCUCCGCCCGUGAAACCUAGGAAGGUUAGUAGUCUUUCAGUCCGCUCAUAGUUUUCUUUUCAUUUUUUGAAUCAGCCAGCUUGAAUUUUACUCGCAAUUUCAUGAAUGUCACCUAAACUGAAUAGUUUUUUGGCUAAAAUCAAACGGAAAGUUCAGUUCGCCCAGGAGACAUUUUCCCCAUCGCCGAGCUCUUCCUCGUCUUCACAAAUUGGCAGCAUUGAAGUGAGUUCAAACUAUUUUUCUUCAAAGUUCUAAUUUGAAAACUAAAAAACAAAUUCUCCUUAAAUUACCCUUCACUUCACAGAGAUCUGGUGCGCGGGCCUCGAAAUCAUCGACAAAAAGUAACAAAGGAAAGUUACAUUCAAUGAUAGGCGGAUCUCUCCGUUCCAUACAGGCCAAGUGGGACAUUACCAUCACGCAAUCAUUAUAAAGAUGUUCCGUUUUCAGAAAAACUAACCGCGUUUCGUUCGCAGGGAACGUCGAAAAUCAAUCGCUGGAGAAGCGCAUCUCAGAUCACUGUACGUUUUGAAGAUUCCUGCGAGUUGGAUGGAUGUUUAUUUGGCCGAUUAGCAUGCUCAUUUUGGAGUGUUUACAAAUGAUAACAUGAGUACAGAGGGCGGUAGCGGCACUCGUUUGUAUGUAUGUAAUCGCCGGGAACAGAUAAUCCGACGGGCUUCCGUCCGGUUUACACGUGUACAUUUGCUAGACCAGAGAAGAAAGCUCUCCGGGCCGUCAGGUGUGUUGUUGUACUUUUGGCAGACACUGCCUCCUUCUUCUCGAGGAACAGAUAUCUAUGCAUCGGUCAGUGCACUGUGACGCCUGACGCGGUCAUUUAUCAGAGCUUGUCACCUCUUGUGCCGGUCACUUCGGCUGUCUGCUCCUCCUUUCUCUUUUUCUCGCUGCACAUAGAGGCGUCCCUCGACUCAUCUAAGCCAGAACAUUCACACAAUGUUUCUAUCCGUCUCCCAGUCUAUUCCCCUUGUUCUCAAAUUACAAUAGGGUUUUUCUGUGAAAUGUUUUCUCAAAAAGCUGAUUUGGUGGCUAUCGCCACCAUCACUCGUGAUUUUGGAGCCUGUGGCUCCGGUUGGUACUGUUUCUGGCUGUUCCCUUGAGGAAACUUAACAAAUUCACCACCAGCUUUGUCUAUCCGGAUUUUUCGGUUAGAGUUGUAUGAUAUAAUAAAAAUGAUUCUCGGCUCCAGAUGUUCUGUUUCGUUCCUUGUCUUCGAAACAUAGGUUUUUUUUAGCACCAUCAUAAUAUUAUGAAUGAGAAACAAGUUGUAUAGAAUGUGGAAUGCAUUGGAAAUGUGCCCUCCUUCUCACAUUUUCCCAAUGUCAUCGCUUCUAUUCUCCGGACGGCGCCACAGGGCCACCUGUCCUUCCCAUCUUUUCGCGCCAUUCUUUUCGAAUUUGAUCACGAUUUGUUGUCCCUUCCUCAUCUUCCACCCCUUCGUCUUCCAUUCUUUGAGAAUGUCAAGUGAAUCUAGAAUAUCUUUCGGAAAAAGUAGUCAUCAAAAAAUUGUUUUCCGUUGGUUUAUUGCGGGCAGUGUAUCCGUCAGGUUUUUUCUUAUAUUUCUUGUUGUUUGAAAGUGUAAACUUGUAAAUCGAUUCACGCUCGCUUUUCGAACACUUAGUCGUUUUCUCUUCUUCGUAUUUAUUGCAUUUGUUCCAGACUUGUUCUAAUUGAUCAGAAUAUGAGCAAUGAACGAGUUUCAACGGGUUCCCUAGGAGAGAGGUUACUCUUGCGAACACGCACCACAAGAGGCUCUGUCCGGGAGACUUUAACCAAGGCGAUUCGAUCUACACUGGGACGGACUUCUUCUGCUGAACGAAAACCUGCUCCAGACUUCCCAAAAUUCGGGACUGCGCUAACUUCGAUAACGUCACGGACACCGUCAUCGGAUGAAAAAAGUCCCGAAAGCGGGGAAUGCGAGUCGCCAAAUCAUCGACGGUUUUCGCAUAAAGUGAGACUUCUAGGUUUAUAAAGAAAAUACGUUUUGUUUCAGGAAUGCUCCAGAAUCUACUUCAGUAACACGAGCAGUGAGCAGUCUUCGAGGUCCAACUCGAGCACUCCUCGCCGUAUCCGUCAGACGACUUCUUCCUCAGGAUUUGGUAGUAUGAGUCAUUUGCCGCCAAUUGCUUACCGAAAAAGUCUGGAGCCGCUAAAUUCAUUGAUGUCUCAGAGCAUGUAUGUGCAGACUCCUGGAUUUUUCCUCGAUGAACGCAGAAGUGCAUCGUCAAGACAAAGAACGGGCUAUGAAAACUCGUCGGAAACCUGGAUUCCUUCGUCACCGAGUCUAACGACGCUCAAAGAUUUCAUGAUGACGAAUGAGGACGAGAUGUUCGAAGAAGACUUUGAUUUCGACAAUGAAGAUGUCAAAUCAGUCGUUUCCUCCGCAUCGACCAGUCGUCUGUUCUCAGUUGAAAGGAAGAUGUCGAAGAUUCACAAAAAUCAAACGCUACGGCAGUUUCUGAACUCACCAGGUAAAGAAUGCGUUUCUUACAUUUUUCUGUGUCAAUCCAAGACCAAAUAGUUCCAAACACAAAGUUCUUCUCGUAUGCUCUAGUGCUUGAGCGGCUGCUUUCUCAAGUGCGUGCGAAGCACACGUUCAUUAUAAUUUUCUGACAAACGGCUGCUCAUAAAGUGUCGUCGGCGCGUGUGUGUGGCCUCCAUCCUCCGACCAACAGCCGCGACGACGUCGGUCCCUCCGGAUUACAUGCGUUAUCUCUGCUGCUGUGGCUCCUCGGGACCCGCAGUUCAGUCUUCUCCUAAUGACUUGGGCUGCACAGAAAGCGGGCGACGGCAAAGAGGUUGAAUUAUGAAGCACCGAUUGAAACUUGCAUUGGGGAAGUGAAAAAAGAAAGGCUCUAGGAAGCCACACCCGACGCCUCGAAUGUCUCCAGGCACCUCCCAUCACUAGCGGCAGCUGGUGGUGCUCGGAUCGACGGUCCAGCCUUUCAUUGACAACUUGUUCGCCAUUUAAGCAUACCUAUUAUUGCUAGAGUAUUCCGCUAGUAUUCGAUGAGUGGAUUAUUGGAAAUUUCGUCUCCAAAACCUCCAAGGAAAAGCGUUAUCAAAACGGUCACUGGUACGUCUACAACUUACUAUUGCACAUAUCCUAGAUUGGAUUAUCUGGUUUAGAAAGUUUCAAUAAAGUAGAAAGUCGGUUCUUUCUUCCAAACCAAAAUAUUUCCUGCCUUAUUGCAAUUGUGCUUGGUAACAGAUAACCUAAUCACGCUGAUUGUCAAACCCAAAACUUGUUUAUGACUGCUUUGAAAUUGUUUUUUCAAUACAAAUUUUUUUAAAAUAAUUUUGUCGAUUUCCUUAUUAAUCUCGCGCCACAGCUGCCACGAAAAAGGUCGUACAUUUUGUCCUAAAGUAGCACCUGUUUGAUAUGUUUUGCACUAGGAGCAUCUGGCGAUUGUGGUGAUCGUGAGACGGGACAAACGGAAACAUUGUAUCGUUGUCGAAUGAGCGGAAUGCGCAAUAGCCCGUCUGGUGAUGCUUGUAAAUCGUGCCGACGUUUUUAGUGCGAAGUAUCUUCUUUUCCGUAGCAUUGUCUGAGCGGAAUCUAACGGACAAACGUCUCUCAUUCAUAAUUGAAUUAGAAACUGACAGAUGGGCUUUUGUAGAGAAUCUGUCUGUAACCUAGAGAAAGCUAACCGGCAGCAUAUAGAAUAGAUCCCCAUUCUACCGAGACCAUGUAUGCUAGUAAUAGUGGGACCACCUGUGUGUUCACAUUUGCCAUACACAAGGCAAAUGCCUGUCGCAGCGCAUUCGUCAUUUUCGUUCUGUCCCUCUGCACUGUGCUGCUCUAGUACACAGGUUGUGAGCGGCACACUGAGAUCCUCAACCUCGCCUUUUUUGUCUGCGUCGUCCACCCAUUGAACGUAUUCACCCACACGAGGCGUGAGUCUCUCUCUUUUCUUCUCCUUCCUUCUCCUUUUCUUCAACCUACUAUCCGCGCGUUGCAUCGCACCGGUGCAUAUCCGCAACCGUCUUCAUUCGUCCGUCUUCUUCUUGUCCGCCUAAAAGGUGAAGAGGAAGACCGCAAAGAUAUUAUCCUCAUAUCUGAAUAACAGUUUACAAACCACCGUAUGUGUCUCUAUAUCUGGAAGCAUCACUCUAUCCGUUUUGCCCGCCUGAUUUAUAUGACGACUCUCGAUUUCUCGAAUGUUGUAUCCUAAUCACCGUUCAUAUCCCACCUGCCUAUUGAACUAAUAUAUAUUCAGGAGAGAAUCCAAACCAAAAGUAUUACUAGUAUUCCUAAAGCGAAUACGAAUACAUUUUGGUUCGAUUACUUCUCCUCCAUUCCUCUGCUCCUACUACUCCUCAAUUAUGGCCUCACUCUGCAGUAGUAUACUUGGAUGGAUAAAAAACGAUCAAGGUAAGGGGUGUCACGCGGUAGAUCAUUCAAAAUAUUUCCAUGUAAAUUCAAAUGAUGCUCCAUUAUAUGACUGCUCCCUAUUACUGUAUUGUUCAGAUCAUUCUUGAUCAUUUUUGCUCUCGUACGCCGUUUUGUUCUUGUCUAUUGCACAUGUGGUGCGUAUAUUAGACAUCCUGAUUGCCUUUUCAUAGUUCUCUCACUAAAGGAACAGGUCCUCUAUAAAUGUUCUCAAACGAACAUCUACCGUUACGAGGAAUCUCAGCGGUUAAGAGAAAAACGAGACGACGAAAGUUCUUAAUUGGUUAUCGUUCAAAUGUGGGCGGAGUCGCCAAUAGAUAGAGGCACGCUCGUAGUUUUGUUGUGAUUGCUAUUAUACUACAUUGCGACUGAAAUGGGUAAAUCCCUGUCACCGACGUUUUGUUUCAACCGUGGGUAAAUCUUUAUUUGUGUGUCUGCGUAGUUGUUUUCUCAAUUUCACUGUUGAAUUCCGAAAUUUUCGCGGUUUUAUCGCCUGAAAUCUGACACACUAUGUUCGUCGGCGAGCGAUUAGGUACCCGCUCAUUGCUUAAUAUAUUUUCCACAUGCUGCGCCCUCUCUUGGUAUCUGACCACGCAUCUCUCGAACGGAACGUCCUCGUUUCUCCCAAAGCUCCUUUCUUUCCCCUGUAUCGGAAAGAAUGGACGGAACGGGACAGGAUAUUAUUUUCACAGUGUGCACCAACUUUCGGUGGUUCAUUGAAUCAGAUGUGUGUGGUACCAAAUGACUGUUAGACCGUAAUAGCGUUACAAAAGUGGUGUAAAUAUUGGCUGUUCGUUUGCGUCCUUGACACCUAAAUCUGGCGUAUUUUUAUGGUGUGAAUGGCGUUGCCCGAUUGGAAAAGAGUUAUCUUUGUUCAAGGGAAAAAUCAUCGGGUAAGUUCAUGAAAUUCAAGAUGUUGAUCGAUUUGUUUCUACUAGAACGCUCAUUGAUACUUUUAAAAGGUCAUUUCAAAAAGAAAUCUCUAGGUUCUUAAUUCGUUCUUCUCCUCCUUCCUCCUCGCGGCACGAAUUGUGGUCAAUUUAGGCUGAAGCGUUGUAAGGCCGCCUGUCAUCAAAUUAUGCAACAGCAGAUGGUCUUUUCUGUUAUGUACCAAUCGUAUUUCGGAUGAUCGCACACGAAGGAAAGAAAAAAGAGAAGCAGUUGGGCAUGUGUUUGUAAUGGGAGCACGGGUGGCACUUCAAUAUAUAUCGAAAUGAAGAUAGAGAGGAACCAAUCAUUUUGCAAAACGACAUUGUGAACGCUGUUAGCAGUCCGCUUUGUCGAUGAGAUUUCGAUACGAUUAUCGAAAAAUUACCGUUAAAUUUAUAAACCUUGAUCGAAAAGACUAUUUUCCGAUAAAUACAAAAAUCUAGCGAAAACUUAUCGAAAAUUAUUUUUCCGAUAGGUCUUAUUUCGAUAGAGCACACUGGUUGUCAGAGCCUCAAAUAAUUCGGCAUCCCUCUUUCUUCUCUUUGACUCCAGCGGUGUGCCUUCGAGCUGCGGCGGACCGCGACACUACUUGUGAUGAUAUGAAAACAUCCCACUUUCUGUUUCUCUCCCUCCUGUCGAGGUCUCAAUAUCAUUUCAUUUCGAACCGCUUUCUUCUCACUUCAGAGCUUGAGCCUAGCUUUUCCAGCCGGCUCAUACGGCAUGACUCGUCAAUGAUUGAUUACUUGAAUCAUUGCUAACAACCACACUACGCGAGACGUGAGAGCCAUGUUGUUCUGAUGUAAUCGACUCAUCACCAGUAGCUGCUCAACGACCUUUUCUGUACUAUUUUAUUCGAACGUUCAUCUACUGUGCUUUAGAUGCUUCCUUCUUGCGAACGAAACUAAAAUGUGUCUAGUGUGUGCCGGCUUUAAUGUUUUGACUGCACUAAGAACAUAUUGUAUUGGAAUUAUGCCUAACAUUACUGUAAUCAUUGCGCCCAAGACGACUUCAUUGUCUUCGAACGACAUCAAUCUACUCGCCGUUCCGGAAAUCUAUGUUCCGAACGACAAGUAUAAUGAAUCGAAGCCGAUUCGGCGGAAAAGUCAUGGAAACCGUGAGUGAUCACCCUGUGAAUACAGUUUCCAGAGAUCCAAAUGAGUCAUUUCCUCGUAAACUGAUAUUAUCCGCACUCGAAUGUCUGUGUACCAAGUCGUAUUAGUUUUGUGACCGACCCAUGGUCAGUGUUCUGAAGUGUCUCUCCGAGAGGCCUAUUCGCCUAUGUUUUUAUCACCAAUCAGCGGCAUCUUUUGAGAAAUUACACUAGCGACCCUGAGCGAAAAAUGUGGAUUGUGGCCACGAAAACUCUUUGUUCUAUCAAUUUCCCGGGGAAAACCGAGAGAAUUAAUCCAUUCUGCAAACAUUUACUUCUUUUUUGAAUUCAAUGAUUUAUUUUCAGUCCGACUUCGAAAAAGAGGUGAUGCUUCUCGUCGUGACGCCGUCGAAGCUGGUUUUGAGCCACGAGAUCCUGUUCCCAGAUGCCACUCGACUCAGUCUCUUCGCGACGUCCAACGUGUGAGAGCGUACAGUAAUUCACAAUUCCAAGUGAGACACAGAUUUUCAGAACAUCAUGAACUAUUUACUUGCAGGCCAGUGAUCUGUCUUUAAACCCGAAUGGUCGCGUUCUGGCAGCUUGCGACAGCACAAGUGCCAAUGUUGUGGCUCCGACGGCUAUUGUCAAUCCAGCGCAGGUUCCCCAGCACCUUCACCGCCAACACCAUCUACAUCCGAGCCACAGCAGACACGAGCAAAAUGGCGCUUCCCAAAACUACGAUAUGGAGCGUCGUCGAAGUCUGCAACCGCUUACUAAUGGUGAGCAAUCAAAUGUUUACUAGAUAGGUGCGCUACUGUUCGCAAAGAGUGCUGGAGCAAUGUGAUAAACUGAGCGGGUGUGUUUGUGCUCGCAGCAAUAGGCGUGUGGACGAAACGAAUGAAACAGAAACAGUGAGCACAUUGGCCACCACCACAAGCGGGAGGUAGUUUGUGUGAAUCGGCCGAUUGAUUCGAAGCGAGCACAUACAAACAUACAGACCCGCUGGAGGCAUUAUAUUUCCUCUCUCGUUUAUCAGUUCGAUAUUUGACUAUCACCUUUCCUUAUUCCACUUUCAAAAUCGACCGGGAAGAGGGCGGUGGAGCGGAGAGGAGGAGGAGAUAGAGAAAACUGUAACGCACUCUGUUUGUGUUAGUUUCAAGUACUUUUCAAUCAUUCGCUUUCGACUUCAAAUUUUCCUCCACUCUUCCUCGUACUAUUCCUAUCACCGACUGUCAGAAUGCAGUCAAUUAGAGAUCCGGGAAGCGAAAAUAGUGAUCUAGUCAGGCGGACAAAGUUUAUACGAUCAGUGUCACACGGCCGCGCGAGCACCUGGAGACGCAAUCGAGUCAGGCCGGACAAUGAAAUUUCAGCUACGUCGCUGUACCAGAUGUCGAAUGGAGAAGGAUCAGGAGUCUUUGCGAGCGGCCGUUCUCGCUUCUCGCCGUCCGAUUUGGCUCUUAACAACAACAACAACUGCAGUAAUCUGUCGGCAGCUCCAUCAGUACAUAAUCGCUCUCGCCUUGUCAGCGCCGACAUCGUUACCAACACAACUCCAGUGCACAGCCGGAUGGGAAGCGCGCCACGUGUGGCUAGUGUCGAUCAGCUCUGCGAAUCUGUGAAGAUGACACCGCCACAGUACAACAUUGAGUAAGUCUUUUUACUACUACUACUUUUACGCGGGUUCAUCCUUUACAAAAACCUUUUUAAAAAACCUGGUAAACAGGUUUUCACAUUGAAAAUAUAUCUUUCCAAUUGGUUUGCGUCGGCGGAUUCUCUGAACUUCUCCAUCUGUUUCAACUAUCUAUCAAACUUCAUGGCGCGAUAUAAAGUAGAGUUCACGAACAGAUACAUCUUUGUUUUUCACUUCUGAUUUAUUCUCUUCAUCUCCAAUGUUGAUUCUCCUCUUCCUUCUAUCUGUGCUUCUCCAUUCUUUCUACACUGCCAGAAGAAUCGUAUUUCAUCAGCAUCAAUCUCAGCCGCCUUCUCCAAUGUUUUUGGCACGUAGCAAUUUCUGUCAUUCGUAUUCGCGCACUCGCGACAGGACAAUUGCUACAUCCGCUACUCUAUUAGCUCGAGAAAUUGUGUUGUGAACAAUCAAAUAAAUUGACGGUCAGGGUCUCCGAAUUGUGGAAGAUUUGAUUUAUUUCCUCCUUUCUAUGCUUUCUUUCUUUCACACUACCGCAUCUCUCUCCUUUAGAAGCUGCUACCCAAAAGUACAAACUAUUUCAGCGUUGACUGCAGCCGUCCCCACUGGGUCCACUGACGCCUAUCAAAUUUGAAAUUCAUUCCGUUCACAAUUUCCCUCGAGAACUGACUUAUAUAUUCGAUGUCGCUCGAAAUGCCACUUUCCUUUCGAUUCCCGGUUGUCAUUUGUCAUAUGUUGCGAAUGUCGCUGGUGAAUCGUGUGGGAGCGCAUAUGUUAGAAACGCCCGCAACGGCAAGGGUCUUCGCUCUCUUCUCAUUCUCAUCUAAUUGGAGCUCUUCAUGUCUCAUUCUCUCCUCCUUGUUCGGUUUCUGAAUAGAGCUCUAGUGGUGGUGCCAACAUCGAUGUACAGUUCUCACUACCCUGUCAAUGUGGACAAUGUUUGUCUGUGGAAUUAAAUCCUAUUGCGAUUCGAUGCAUUCGAGGGAGAUCGAUAUUUGUUUUGUUUCCUGUCUGUCUGAAAUCAAAUAGGAACGAUAAAAGGCCAACGAAGCGGUUUAACAUCCGUUUUCCGUCCUUCCGCGCACCUCUCGUACCUACAUCUCCUCGUCUUUCGUACGAAACGAAUAUGCAACAAUUUUCGUCGUUCUCUAUUUCAUUUAUCUUACAAAAUAUGCUUGAGCAAUCCUCUUUUCCAUACAAAUAUAGAGUGCGCAUAAUGCAUGCACAUGACCAUCCUGAAGAGGGUUUUACGCAGCGGAGAUGUCGUCUCACUCGUAAAAGAAGAAGGUGGUGACAAGAGGCAUGCAUGUCGUCCCUCCCUUCCUCCCUUCCUUGUUCCGCUCUUUUGUUUCUUAGAUACAACGAUUUUUCUUAGCAGCAACUGGCAAUCCGUUUAACUCAAUUAGUCUCUUUCUCGUCUUAUUUGGUUCUCGACGUUCUCAGCAACUUAACCCUAAAUGUUUAAAAACUGAAAUGAUUGUGAGAAAUAUCCACCCGCUCACAAAUCCCAGUUAAUUCGUGUGUUUGUCUCUGCUGGUCUUCUCCGUCCGACCGCCAGCCGCCGCAUUGCGCCCUCCCGUCCAAGCACAUCUUCAUCUCCUAAGGCAGCGAAAAACCUAAAGUGCCUCCCAUCAGAAUAUUUCGAUUAUUUUGAGACCCAGAACCGUCGUAGUAGUCGUUCUGCACCCGUUUUCUUCCAACUUACUCUUAAUUCAUCAAAUUUUGAAAUGUUGAAUAUUGAACCUUUAAAUUUUCUCCAUGUGCGGCCACACAAUUUGAGAUAGAGCCUGAAUCGCCUUGGGCGAGUUCUCCGACGUUUGAGGCGUGAAAACCUCUUUGUCACAUUCAAAAAUAUUUUGAAAAAGGCCUUGAGAGGAGUAAAACAUGCCGCUUGGUGAUUCAACUUCGCUUUUCUCCGUUUCUCGCAGUUUUUUUUGUCCUACACCUUCUCUCCGUGCUUUCCUUGUUCAGAUUGUUCAGUUUAAAUUUAUAGAGAUGACUGAACAAUGUCGUUAGUCUCCACGAAAACAGACAACUCGGCACGAUGGUCCGUGCGACCGUCGUGUUCGUGUAACGAUUCUUUGUUCAAUAUAUCCGAUGGGGAAUUUUCGGAAAUAGACGGUGAUAUGCGGAAGAAAGAUCGGCAUAAUUGGAAGAAAAGGUACAAGUUGAGAAAAAAUACACAUUCAUGAUUAAAAAAUUAGUUUGUUACUUUCAUAAUUUAAAAUUGUUUCAGUCAACGUCGAAGUGUUCACAACGUCGGAGGCGUACCAUUCCGGACCUCAUUUAUUGAUGGAAUCAAAAACACGUCGACGCCAAAAAAUCAAGUUAGUUUGUUGUUAUAAUUUUGAAAACAGUCUUCUCUCGUGUCAUCCGAAAUCUGAAAUUAGAUAAUGAUUAUUAGAUUCUGAAAAGCUAGUUAACUAAGCGAAAAAUACUAAUACUUGUGAUAAUCGUUAUAGCUCUUGUGGGUCAAAAUUUUCAAAAUGUAGAGGUUCAUUUCUUUUUGCCGCGUUUCCCAUUGAACACCUCGUUUGUUCCUCUUUUUCUCUCUCUCUCUCUCAAACACACACACACACCCUCUCUCUCUCUCUCUCUUUCUCAUCCAAUUUUAAUAGCAAAAAGCCCAGUUUUCGACAGAGACGGCGUAAUCGCAGUGGACGCUGGAGACUUUUGCUUUGUCCUUCCAAUUGGUGUUAUUCAGGGUGACAAGGCAUAAUCUGCUUGCUUGUCGCCGCAAAAAUAUGUUUUUUCGUCGCCGGAAUCUUCUGCACCCUUCUCAAGUCCUAAAAAAAACAUCUUUGUCUGCCAAAUAUAGAAGUUGGACAGAAAACAAGACUCAUAGGUCAAGCGGACCGAUCUGAUGAGACAGACCCCGCAAGACGUUUUCUAAUAAAAUUGAUAUAUGUUCAUCUCUAUUGAAAGGACAGUGUUCGUCUCCCUGGAUAUUGGUUCUACACAACCACUUCUCUUCUUCGAACACAUAACAAUUAUUCUUUUGGAAAUGGUGCACGCUACGUUUACGGCGACACAACAUACUCCUUUCUCUCUGUUCUACUUGUUCCCAGUCGUUGCGUGUGUGUUUUGCAUAGUUCCUUCCAUCUCUCUCGCUCUCUCCCUCUCCUUUUCCUCUAUCCGUUACAUUUUCCUCUAAUGUGUUCAAAAAAUUCUAUCAAUCUACCUGCGUCUCUUCAAUGUUCUGGGGAUUUUCUUCUACUGUUGGUUAUGCAAUUCUCUGUCGUUUUAUUACAGCGUUUUUCACGUCAGAAUGGGGGGAUAAACGAAAAAAAUGAAAAAAACUAUGCAUAACGCCAUAAAACGAUUUUUAAAGUUUUUAUUUGCCUCAGCCUCUAACAAAAAUAAUUCUAGUGUUGCUGCUCUUCGCUCUCUCCGUUCCAUCUCGUUUUAUUCUGGACCAUUUGAAACACUCGUAGAGUUGCAUAUGUGCCGAAUUAUCGACCAUAUGACAUAGAAGAGCAGAUGGGUGAAGCACCACCGUUCCUUUCAAUUCUAUACAUCAUGAGUAUCUUUGAAGUAUGCGAAGGGUUGAAAUCAAAUGUCGCCAGAUACUUCAUCGUAUGGCCAGGUCCCUCCGUAUAUUUCUCCGCCCUCCUUGUCUGAGAUUACUUUCAUUGAAAAAUGGAAAUCUUUCGUAGUUUUCAUUCAUCAUGUGGUCACUAUUUACCAACAGAUUGUUCUCAUUCGCUUACCCUGAACUCGACUUUUUCCACUUCCAUUAGUUUCAAGGAACACGUUGCCAUUAAUUGAUGCGUUGUCAUUCCUCAAUAACUUUCUCUCUUUUCUGCCGUACCUCUAGCAUCCUUUCGUUUUUUUUUUCGAUCAAUCACGAUGUUCGUUAAAUGUUCUCCUCCUGAUGCGAGGCCGUGAUGGACAAAUAGUGUCAAGUUUUUUCUUUGUUCCCUCGUAUUGGCUCACAAUCAGCAAGCCGGCAUCUUACUUGCCUUAACCUUUUGAUACAAGUCGAGUCCAUCACAAAUCGUUUCGCUUACUGGCAACACAUGUGGUAUAGGUCAGGUGCGUAGGAAAGAUAUAUCGUAAACUGUGUCACCUCGGAGAAGGUCGAAAGUAUCGAAUUGCACUUGCUCAGUCGCUCCACACCCAUUAUUUGCAUAUUAAUCCUUGUAAUUCUUGUGCGCAAUUCUCGGGGCCACCAUUUUUUGAAGUCGAUUCCAUCCCCUCUUGCUUCUCUUGAUGGCUUGUGGCGAUCUUUAUCGUGUUGUGCGUGUGGCUGACGUUUAAUUCUUUCCGUAUAGCCUUUUCCCUUUUCUUUCAUUUCAUCGAGGUAAUCAAUUGAGGACUUCUUCUGAAUUUUAGAACUAAAAACAAUGUAGGAAUUUAGGAAGCCCGGUUACAAUUCUUCUUAUUAAAAUCACGCGAAUCUUUAGGCGGCUGAGCGCUACGCUCGUGAGCGGCUUUGCCGUUUGUUAGAAGUUAACGUGUACAUUUCUCAAAUCAUGUUCAAUUGGCUUUUCAACUAGUAGCGUUUGUUUCUGAUUUAACUUGUAAUACAAUUUUUCUUUAAAAGGCAAACAUUGUCUUUCUCUGACAGGGUCGCGUCUGUUUUAUUACUCGUUUAUUAUCCUUUUAGCAUUCCCUGAAUCGGACGCCUACAAGAGAUGAAGACGAUGGAAGAAUGUUCUUCUACUCAUUUAUCUGAAUCAGACACUUCCCCUUUAAAUCAACUGGCCACCUUCUCGGAAUCUUUUCGUAUAAUACAACUCGAUAAAAAAAAGCUCAAGAGAGCUCUUCCUAUUCGCACAAAUGCCAUCAGUCCGUCCGCCCGACUGUCCAUCCCCACUAGCAAAAGGGUUGUUUGCUUUUUUCCGCGUGCGCGCGCUCGCUCACCACUGACGGCCAUCAAAAAAGCUGGGUAGAGUGUCGUUUUCUACGCUGCUGCUUCUGCCCGCACACACACACAUACAGUAUUUAAUUCCCUCUUUUGUUUUCUAUUCAUCCAGGCUCAGAGUUUCGCCUUAUUGUGUCCCCACCGAGACGGAGAAACCGAGGCUAACUAGAAAUGGUUUGCCCUUCACAGGAUAUACAGUGGGUAAUUAUCCUGGCCUUUCUAAGUGCCUCUCCUCUCCGUCGAUACUCUCUUUAUUCUUCGACAACUGACUGCCAGAACAUUUUGUCGCACCUUUCUACUAGUUUUAUCUUUUCCUGACCUAAACUAGUCUCAUCACAUUUCGCACCAAGCAACUUGUGACCUAGAAAUCAGAGAAUAAGAGACAGUUCUCGUGUUCGCUCGACUUUGAAACUUCCUAACAACUUCUGCUUCUAUUCUGAUUCUCUCACAAAAACGUUCUGGUAUAACUUUCGACGCUUCACUUUCAAAAAUGUUUCGGGUGUUUCACUAUGGAAUUGUUUAUUUAUAUUUUCGAGAUACUUUUAUGUUUUGUCGCACUUUCAAUACUUCAAGUCACUCAUGGUUCAGUAAAGCUUGCAUCUGCUUUUCGCCUCCCUUAUCCUUCCACCGCCAACUAGUCAUUCCAACAGAUUCUUAUCUCGGUUGCAAUCUGAAGACUAUGCACUUGUACUGCCAACUUUUCGCACAGUUUUCCACAUUCCAUUCGUCGUCCAUUCUCUAUUCUUCGUAAGAUUGCGAGUUUUCUCAUCUAUCUCAUUCUAAUGGGUUCCCCAGCGGAUCCAGAAUUUAUGUUUUCUCACACCCACCCGAUGAGAAAAUGGAAAAGAAAAGUGAUAAUUCCCACACUUUUUUUGGGUCACUUAUCUUUCUCUCUUUCCUCCCACUUCUCAUCUGUUGGGUGCGACGACCGCGACCGCGAAGGCAGUUAGCGUAGGAUUUAUGACCAUCGUGGUGACUUCUUUGUUAGUGCCGCCUCUCUUCCCCUCUUUUUCAUCCGUACCUGAAUCCGUAUUGCUAUCAGUCAGUAUCUGCCUCUUCUUUCUUGCAUUCCGUUCCUUUUUCGGUUUUGAUGUUCACCGCCUUUUUUUCAUCUCUGCUUCAUCUCGCCGGUCCUUCUCAUUUCUUCGAAAAUUCCUUCUGUUUUUUUUUUCAGCGAAACGAACCCACAUCUAUCCUUGUGUAGAACGGCUUCUGUACUAAUAAUAUAGAAAAACAAAACAAAAUCAUUUUUCGUCCCUACGAAAAAGUUUGAAUGCAAAAAUUGCGACCAUCUUGUUACGGUGACGUCGUUUGCCACGGAUGAAUAUUUGUUGUUGUGGUGGAGCAAUGGGCCGAUUCUAUGCGAAAAUGUUAGAACGGUUUACGGGCGGCUCGUCGCCCACUUCUGAUCAGAACGGUAACGGUGGUGGUGGUGGCGAUCAUCCGCCUACGACUCUCCCACCGCCAGCAGCACGGCCUCCAUACUCAAUUACUUCGAUCAGUGGCUCCGGAAAACUGCGAGCGCAGUCCGGAAGUCCGGCUGUGAACAGGAAAAAAAGGCCGGAGGUACGGUAGAAGAUGGAUGGCACGAGAGAUCUGACUGAACUAAAAUAAACGUUCUUGAAAAGCAGAAAAUUUUAUAAUACUGUUCCAGGUAGCAGUUGCUCCACUGGCAAAAAGCCGUCACGUGAUCGGAUCAAGAGAUGACAUGCGAACAGAGCGUCGUGGAAGCCUUGGUGGACAAGCGGAUCUUUUGCCGGCCUACAACAGCUACGUGAUGAAUCAUGGUGGAGAGGAGCGACUUGGUAAACGAUAUAUUUGACGUUGUUUCUAUGAUAAUUCAUUUCCAGUUGAUGGUCCAAUCACCAAUCCAAGUGAAGCUCGAAUGGCCUAUUUGGAGAAGCGGAUCAGAGAGUUGGAGAUGUCACAGAAGGAGCAGAACAAUCAGUCUACUCCCAAUCUGUCGAGAGAAUCUAGACGUAUGUUGUAUUGCCUCACUCUGUUCACGUUCUCAUUCUACAGAUUCGUCUGGAAAGUCGUCGCAUAUAAGUCUAUCGAAAAGCGAUCAGCUUCGCAUGCAAGAGAUGAACGAUCAGUUGAUGAACAAGGAUCGAAAAGUAACGUCUCUUGAAAUGAAACUGCUGAAAGCGUAUCAGCGAAUCGAGCGAAUGACAGAUGACUACGAGCGAAAAGUGAAGCAGUUGAUCUACGACGGAGAGCGAGCUAGAGACGAUCUGACGCGUUGUGUCGACAAGAUUCAACAAUUGGAGCACGAGCUGGACGUCACAAGAGCAUCUGCUCAGAACGGAGGACACGCGGUUCAGCAGGAGUAUCACGAGCUUCAGGACAAGUUCUGGAAGCAGGAACGAGAGCUUCAGGAGUGUCGUACGAUGCUGAAUCGUAAUCGCGAGAAGGAUGCCGAGUUCGAACGAAUGCGAGCUGAGAAAGGGUAUGUGGAACAGAAAAACGACGAUUUGAACAAGAAGUUGGAAGUGAAGAAGCGAGCGAUAGAGGAGCUCGAGAGAUGUGUCUCUACAAUGCGCCUGGAGCAAUCCGCCUACCAUCAGUCGUGCUCAUCUGGUUCUACGCCACUAGCCGAUGAAAUGGAAACGAUGUCAGACAUACGGCCGUCGAUGAUCCGCCCGUAUUCGAAGGCGCACUCUACUCUUGGAUCCCAUUCGACACCAUUGUCACGCUCGAAAUCCGGCGGUCUGACCAAGAGUUUCUCAAACUUUGCUCUCAACGCUUCCAAACAAGAUGAUAUCACGCCAAUGAUGAGCCGUACGAUUCGUGAACAGAAUCGGCACAUAGUCAUGUGCCGAGCGAUGGUCGUCUGCCUGAAGGAUACUGUUGAACGAUUGGCGCGUGGAGACAACCCAGAUGUGGCUCGUUUGCUUGGAGUCAAGAUGAAUAUGUCGGACAGCGAACUGGACGAUGAUGAAGACAACGAAGCCGCAGAGUCGAAGCCGUUCUCGAUGAUGUCGGCGGAAUCGACUGUAAGAUCUUGGACUUUUAAUGUGGGCAAAUAAUUUUUUGUUAUUUUCAGCUUAACAAGCAGUGCGAAAAGCUCUCGGAUCUUGACAAAGAUCUCGACACGAUUCGCUGUCAACUCGCAGAAUGGCACGAGCAUACGAAUUUUGAGGGAGAAGGCGAUCGCGAUGUGUGCCGAAUGCAAUAA